UUUGUAUUGUUUGCCAAACAAGGCCGAAGCAGAACAUCCACACGCCGAAACAGAGCAAAGAUCGAGUUCCGAAGCAGAGUCGUUUUGCUCUUUGACCAAAACUUCUAUGUUCUCUUAAAACUAAGGUGACUGAAAAUGGACCAUCGAUGGGUCAAUGGUAGACAGGAAAUGACUGCGCGAGAUAAACGGCGACUGGGGAAGGAGCAUACUUAUCAGGACACCCUUAUUGAUGAUUUGGCAGAGGAUUUUUGCUUGCCAAUCAAUCACAAGCCAACAGACAAUGUUGAUUUGGAUAAUGUGGAACAAGCUUCGUUGGACACACAGUUGACGUCAUCUAAUAUUGGUUUUAGGCUUCUCCAAAAAAUGGGAUGGAAGGGGAAGGGUCUUGGGAAGAAUGAGCAAGGAAUAGUUGAGCCAAUAAAAUCUGGUAUCAGAGAUCCAAAAUUAGGGGUCGGAAAACAAGAAGAAGAUGAUUUUUUUACUGCAGAAGAAAAUAUCCAGCGAAGAAAGCUCGAAGUUGAGGUAGAUGAGACUGAGGAGCACACAAAGAAGCGGGAGGUGUUAGCAGAGCGUGAGCAGAAAAUUCAAACUGAGGUGAAAGAAAUACACAAGGUGUUCUAUUGUGAUCUAUGCAACAAGCAAUACAAAUUGGCUAUGGAAUUUGAAGCUCACCUGAGCUCAUAUGAUCAUAAUCACAGAAAGCGUUUUAAAGAAAUGAGAGAAAUGCAUGGCUCUAGCAGUCGGGAUGAUCGGCAAAAACGGGAGCAGCAACGUCAGGAGAAGGAGAUGGCUAAGUUUGCUCAAAUGGCAGAUGCUCGUAAACUGCAACAGAAGCAAGAAGAGUCUGUGUCUUCUCCGGUUCCAGUUCCCACUGAAGUGAGAGGUGCUACUGCACUUGCAGUUCAGGAUCAGCGGAAGGCAUUAAAGUUUGGUUUUUCUUCUAAAGGCGGCACCUCCAAGAACUCUUCUAGUAGUGCUGCAAAGAAGCCGAAAGUGGCAGUCGCCUCUGUUUUUGGCAAUGAUAGUGACGAAGAAAAGUGAAAAGUUAACCCUUGCAGCAUCACACUAUUGUACCUUUUGUAUUGUUGGCCUUGCCUUCUGUUUAACGUCUAUGUGACCCAUGCCCAGAGUUUUUUAUAGACUUGUCUUGGUUAGGGGUAAUUCCUUACUGGAUUUUUUCAUUGAACGAGAAAAAUAUUGAUCCAAUGAAAUUACCCGAUAUAAAGGAACUGUCCUUUGGUACAUUUUUAACGAAAUGUCUCUAAAAAAUUAGAAGAAUUUAGCCUGAA